CCUCCCCUCCUCUCUCCUCUUACUGUCUCUCGGCACUGUCUCUCGGUCAUGAACACCAAGCCCUGGCUGGACGGGAGCUCCGACCACCUGAAGAACCGGGAGGCUCAGGAGAUCCCCCCUCUGAGGAACUACCUCUGCCUGACCAUGUUCACCUGUUUCUGCCCCGCGUGGCCCGUCAAUAUUGUGGCUCUGGUUUUCUCUGUGCUGGCCCAAAGGAGCUAUGACGAAGAGGACUACGACGGCUCCAAGCGGCUCGGUCGGAAAGCUCUCCACCUGGGGAUCGUCUCGUUUGCUAUUGGCCUCGUGAUCGUCACCGCGCUCACCGUCGUGCACUUCACUGCGCAGGUGGCGUGAAGCUCCUGAGGAGGAGGUGAAGCUGUCGUGGAGAGGUCAGAUCCUCCAUGUGAAGGCGGUCGGUUCGGGGCCCGGCGUUAACAGCUCUGGAGGAUCAGCUGGUUGCAGCUGCUGUGUUUAAGAUAUUACAAUGAAACUUUUAAUAGUUUUUUGUAAUUGCAAGUUUACACACUGUAUGUCUCUAUGACAGAUUGUUUUAUAAUAUUAAUAUGUAUGUUUGUCUGUAUUAAAUAUAUAUUCUCUAAGUAAUUUCAUGGCUUAAAAAUCAUGACCAGUUAUUUGACCUAUGACCCACAAAAUGCUGUCUUUGUAUUAGCAUAAACAGAUUUAUAGGUAAAGUGUCUUCUUCCUGACAACUUCUAAUUUAUUACAAUAAAUAAUCUGUAUUUCU